GUGCGCGUCCCCCGAGGAACAGUUGCGUUGGAGACAACCAACACUUUUGAACCCAAACAGUUAUACGGAUUGUUCCACUGAUGGUGAAGUAAAGUAGUUAAGUACCGUGAUCAUGAAGCGUCCGGUCCGGUGCCCUCCUCCUCCGGCUGCGGUCGUGGGUUCUAAAGGCUGGAGGGAUGCCACUGUACGCUCGAUCCUGCGCGCCGAGGACCUUCGGCGUCAAACUCACGCAGACCAGCUGCACUCAUCUUCACGCUACCGCAGCCACAGCGUUGGGACCUUUACCUCCGGACUUCCUCGGUUAACAGAUUAUAGUGUAAACAGCAGCGUCGAUAAGGAGCACAGGGAGAGCGACUCGGAAAAGAAAGAGGAAUUCCGACCUAAAUCCAUUGGAAGUAUGCUCACAUCUGGAAUUAUUAGCGGGCCGUUCCCUCCGCCGGCCCUGCGUGAUCAGAGUGCAGUGGUCAGCACAGGUAUGGCGGGUGAAUAUAUGCGGGGUGUUAGAGAGGUGGAGGGUCACCUGCGCAGGCAAGCAGGCAGGGUCACACAGGAGGGCACCAGGAUGGAGCAUCAGAGAGAACGACUGGAAAAAUUGCUCCGCAGUCUUAGGAGAGCAUUGCUGGUCAAUCAAGAAAGUGCAGAUGGCAGGAAGUUUCGACCGGCCACCACAGAGACAAUACGGGAUGGAGCAGAUGAUCUUCUACGCAAUGAACGAAGAGGCCUGAAUGUACUAAAACAAGAAAUGGAGAGCAUGUUGAAAAAGACUGUGACUCAACAACAGGUUUUGGCUGAGAGCAGCAAGCAGUUGUUGGAUUGUGCCUUUGAGAGAUCCAUAGUAACAGAGCUGCUUCCUCAGCACGGCUCACUCUCAGCGUGUGUGAGAACGUACCCUCCUCCCCUCUCACUGAAACCUGACCCCACUGGACCAUUCACUCCAGAGUGCAAACAGGCUUUGGAUUCUUCAUCAACAGUACUACGUCAAUCUCAGCAGCUCAGAGAAAACAUUUCACAAGCCAUGAGGGAUGUCAUCAGUAAGCAAGCGGAUAUGCACCGUUCAGCCAGCGAGGCCCUGCGGAAGAAAAUUAACGAGACUAUCAACCUAGAGCAACAUUUGACACUGAGCUCAGCUGCGACGAGACAGGCUAUUUACCGCAAACAGAGACAGAUGCAGUGUGCAGGCUACAGUCUUGGCAGAGCAAUGGGCCCAGUCUGCAGUGCUGAUCUUUUUUGCCGUGAGAGACUGAGCAGGCCUAUGACUCAGCUUUAUGGGCGGCAUUCAAGUUUUGGCCUUCCAGAAUCCGAGCUCCUUACACAGGGCAGCACUAUGCUCCGGAAACACCUGGAAUCCUCAGGGAAAGAGAUCGCAGAGCUGCAGGUCACUCAUCAGCAGCUGGAGGAUGAUAAGCAUGGAAAGCGUGCAGCAGCCAGUGUGGACUCUGCUGUGAUCAGGCUGCGGAGAAGACUCGUACGUCCUCAGUCUGUCCGGCCUGCAACCAGUUAAAACUCUACUCUACAUAAAAGAUUGUACCUCACUUGCUGAAGUUUGAAAUCUGGGGUGUUUUUAAUUAUCACACAAAGCUACCAAGUGGUGUUUGCAAAAUAAGAGUAUGGUGAUUCUUUGCAAUUUGAACGAUAUUGGGAAAAUAUACAUUCAAAAUGCAUGAUAGAUGCGUGCGUGUUUAAGAUUGUCAACAAACCGAAUGACACUCCGGCAUUAUUCAAAUACUGGUGGCAGUAUUAGGAAUGAAUUUUAUUUUACUUCUGACUGAUGAUUUCCUGUAUCACCACCAAAGCUUUAAAUAAAGAUUUACAGUACAGCUCUGAUACACGUCACUACCAAGCAGAGUUGGAGUCAUGAUCAAGGUCUUGAGACUACAUUAGCUCGGCCCUGAGUCUCAGACAAGACUGCAGUCCUGUUUUUAGACAACCAAUUAUAGACAACUCUAAAAAGCAAAAAAUAUGCUGUUUUUUCAGUUCUUUAAAAUGGAAUGGUCUUAAAGCAUUUAUCUUGUCUCUAACUCUGCCAGUAAAACAGCAAUUUCUCUUUAACACAAACACUUAACAUAGACA